CCUGCUUACCAUUUUCCCGAGAUCGAAUCUCCUGUCCGACUCCCAUCCGAACAGGAGCCUAUCCGAUUCUUUUCGGCCAUUGAUCUCAAAAAUCAACGGCUUCAACGGCUGAGAUGAGCUGAAAACAGGGAUCUCCUUCGCAUUUCCCAUUUCCCAUUUCCCCUCCCUCUCAUUAACUUCACUUCCACCUUCCCCAGCAAUUCCCAUUCCCAACGUCUCCUCCCUUAACAACCAAACCAAACCAAACCAAACCCAAGCAAACAACUCCUGCAACUGGAUCGGAGAAUACUACUAUCCAAGAGAAAUGGGGACGGAAACUUCGAAUGCAACCGUGGAAAUAUCGGAGCCGUUGAUUCUCCAACCGGAGAAGACCAGGGAAGUUGAAUUCGAGAGGAUUCCAGAAUGGAAAGAGCAGAUCACGGUAAGAGGGCUGGUGGUCAGCGCCGUGUUGGGGGGACUCUUCUGUAUCAUUACGCACAAGCUCAAUCUCACGGUGGGGAUCAUUCCCUCGCUCAAUGUCGGCGCCGGAUUGUUGGGCUUCUUCUUUGUCAAGUCGUGGACGGGGUUUUGUUCCAAGCUGGGGUUUUCGGUUCAGCCCUUUACGAGGCAGGAGAAUACCGUCAUACAGACUUGUGUCGUCGCUUGUUAUGGCCUCGCCUUCAGUGGGGGAUUUGGUUCAUAUUUGAUUGCAAUGGAUGAUAGAACUUACAAACUUAUUGGUGCGGAUUAUCCUGGUAAUCGAGCGGAGGAUGUAAAGAGCCCUGGCCUGUGGUGGAUGAUUGGGUUUUUGUUUGUUGUCAGUUUUCUGGGGCUAUUUAGUCUCGUUCCACUUCGCAAGGUUAUGGUCAUGGAUUAUAAGCUUACAUACCCCAGCGGAACAGCAACAGCCAUGUUGAUAAACAGCUUUCACACAACAACUGGAGCUGAGCUUGCUGGGAAUCAAGUCACAUGUCUUGGCAAAUAUUUGAGCAUAAGUUUAGUCUGGAGCUGCUUUAAAUGGUUCUUCAGUGGUAUUGGGGAUUCUUGUGGAUUUGACAAUUUUCCUACGCUUGGUUUGGCACUAUUUAAGAACACAUUCUAUUUCGACUUUAGUCCAACUUAUGUCGGAUGUGGUCUUAUCUGCCCUCACAUAGUGAACUGUUCAGUUCUUCUUGGUGCGAUUGUAUCAUGGGGCAUUCUUUGGCCCUACAUAUCUCAACAUGCAGGAGAUUGGUAUCCAGCUGAUCUUGGUAGCAAUGAUUUCAAAGGACUUUAUGGGUACAAGGUCUUCAUAGCCAUCUCCAUCAUCCUUGGUGAUGGCCUAUACAAUUUGGUUAAAAUAAUAGCAAUAACUGUUAGGGAAUUGUGUAACAAAAGCACUAAAGAGAAGAAUCUUCCUAUCGUUAAUGAAGUUUCAGAUGACAAGUCUUCUGAACUACUAAUGGAGCAAAGGAAACGAGACGAGCUGUUUCUAAAAGACAGGAUACCAUCCUGGGUGGCAGUUUCUGGUUACGUGGGCCUGGCUGCAAUAUCCACAGCUACAAUACCAGCCAUCUUCCCACCCCUCAAGUGGUAUCUAGUCCUUUGCUCCUAUCUUUUUGCCCCUGCCCUUGCCUUCUGCAACUCCUAUGGAACUGGUCUCACAGACUGGAGUUUAGCCUCCACUUAUGGAAAAAUCGGUCUUUUCAUUAUUGCUUCAUUGGUUGGACGCGAUGGGGGCGUAAUAGCCGGUUUAGCAGCUUGUGGGGUCAUGAUGGCCAUUGUAUCCACUGCAGCCGAUCUCAUGCAAGAUUUUAAGACAGGCUACCUCACUCUCUCAUCAGCCAGAGCCAUGUUUGUGAGCCAAUUAAUUGGAACAGCCAUGGGGUGUGUCAUUGCCCCGCUAACAUUUUGGUUGUUUUGGACUGCUUUUGAUGUGGGGUCGCCCGAUGGACCUUAUAAAGCACCGUAUGCUGUUAUAUUUAGGGAAAUGGCCAUUCUGGGAAUUGAGGGGUUCUCUGAGCUUCCAAAGCAUUGUCUAGCCUUGUGUUGUGGAUUCUUUGUGGCUGCUUUGGUUGUUAACCUUCUGAGGGAUGUGACCCCAACGAAGGUUUCUCAAUUUAUUCCAAUUCCAAUGGCUAUGGCAGUACCAUUUUAUAUCGGGGCUUACUUUGCAAUUGAUAUGUUUGUUGGAACUGUGAUAUUGUUUGUCUGGGAGCGGAUAAAUAGGAAAAAUGCAGAAGAUUAUGCAGGGGCUGUUGCUUCAGGUUUGAUAUGUGGUGAUGGGAUUUGGACUAUUCCGUCAGCAAUUCUCUCCAUCUUCAAGGUGAAUCCACCCAUCUGCAUGUACUUUGGGCCUUCUGCAAGUUCCUGAGCAGCAGGUGAGCCCUCGUAGUUGAUUGUUGUUGUGAACCCUAAAUGGUUGUUGGACAUGUAAAUAUAUCUGUUGUGCAUUAUGUAUCCAUGGGACUAUUAUAUCUCAAAUAUGCGUUUCACAA